UGGAGUACCGGGCGGAGUUUUCCUUUUCUUGCUUGUGUUUAGGUUCAUCAGCCCCUGUGCCCAGCGGGGGGUUUCCAUCGCCAUGGAUUUUAAUGUAAAGAAAUUAGCAGCGGACGCCGGCACUUUCCUGAGUCGCGCAGUACAGUUUACAGAAGAAAAAUUUGGCCAGGCAGAGAAGACUGAACUUGAUGCUCACCUGGAAAAUCUUCUCAGCAAAGCAGAAUGCACAAAGGUUUGGACUGAGAAGAUCAUGAAGCAGACAGAGGUGCUGUUGCAACCAAAUCCAAAUGCCCGGAUAGAAGAAUUUGUGUAUGAAAAACUUGACCGAAAAGCACCAAGCCGCUUGAAUACCGAAGAGCAAUUGGCUCAGUACAUGACUGAUGCUGGUAAUGAGUUUGGCCCUGGCACAGCAUAUGGAAAUGCUCUCAUUAAAUGUGGAGAAACACAAAAAAGAAUAGGAGUGGCUCACAGAGAACUUGUUCAGACCGCAGCUAUAAACUUCCUUACUCCACUGAGAAAUUUUAUUGAAGGAGAUUUUAAAACAAUGUCUAAAGAAAAGAAACUCUUGCAGAACAAAAGGUUGGAUUUGGAUGCAGCUAAGACACGACUGAAGAAAGCCAGAGUUACAGAAGCCAGAGCCGCAGCUGAACAGGAACUUCGAAUAACGCAAAGUGAGUUUGACCGUCAGGCCGAGAUUACACGACUUCUGCUCGAAGGAAUAAGUAGUACACAUGCACACCAUCUUCGCUGUUUGAAUGACUUCGUGGAAGCCCAGAUGACAUAUUUUGCACAAUCGUAUCAAUACAUGCUGGAUCUCCAGAAGCAGCUCGGCAGUUUUCCAUCAACUUUUGUGUCCAACAAUAACCAGUCAACCUUAACCCCAAUGCAAAGUGUUUCGGUACCCUCGGUCUCCGCCUCAGCUCAGGCACCUUCUGCAAAAAGUUCCUUGGUUACAUCCGGUUUCACUGAACUGAAAGCAUCCAAUGGCAGCAGGAAGGCUAGAGUUCUCUAUGAUUAUGAUGCAGCAAACAGCAGUGAAUUGUCGCUUCUUGCAGAUGAGGUUAUAACUGUAUACAGCAUGCCUGGAAUGGAUUCUGACUGGCUGAUGGGUGAAAGAGGGCAUCAAAAAGGCAAAGUGCCAAUUACGUACCUAGAGCUGCUAAACUGAUUGACUGAACUUCCUCAAGUGCCGAAUACAGUUAAAAAAAAAAGAGAAAUCCAUAUUUAUAUGCAGUUAACAUGAUAUAAAGCAGAUGUGUCUUCCAUGUAAAGUGUCUUAUGCAAAUUUCAACCUUAUUCAAGUGGCUACUGCCUUUACUGCCAGCUUUCAUGCAUGGAGUGCACACCUUCAUAACUUAUCAAUUAGGAGCUUUUACUUUCUGUAUCAAGGAUGUGUUUUUAAAUAUUUUUUCUAUUUACUUAUGAUCAUGACUAACAUUGAGUGUUCAAAUCCCUUUUGGCACUUAGGGAUUAGCUCAUGGUUCAUUUUGGGUUAAGAGGAGGGCACAAUUUUCUACGCUGUAUGGUUGGUGACAAAUGGUUUUCUAGCAGUUUUUUUUUGUACAACAGAAUGUACUGAUUGGUGCCAACCCUCAUUUUUGGCUAUGAGCAAUGUACCGUAUGCAGAGGGUAUACGGUACUGCCAAAUGUACAGAAGCCCUAAGUAAGUUAGAAAUGAGCCUGGCCUCCAUAUUUGUCAUAAAGCUCCCCAACCUUUUACUCUCCCUAAAUGUUCAUUGCAUAACAAAACUGCCAACACACUCCUUCAUGCCCACUUCUAUAAA